AUUUCUUUUUUCUAAGAAAAAAUAAUAUUUGCAAUGGUAUUUCAAAUACACACAAUUUAUCAUGAACAAAGACCAUUACUUAUCUCGAAGGAAGCGUGGUUUUAUUCGUGAUARUUAUGAGUAAUAUAAUAUUUCUAGUGUUCACUCACUCGGCAUCCGUUUUUUCAUUUAAUGUUUUACCCGUUAAYGUUUAACAUUAUCUAAAAUAAAACAAAAAAAUUGACGCGAGUGAGAUUAAUCCUGAGUUUCAUUAAAAAAUGUGCAAUAUGAAAGUUUUAAUUACUAUAAUCAUUCAUUUUCAACUGAGUUAUGCAUUCGAAAAUUUAUUGAUCCUUCGAAAUAUGAAUGACAACUGGACAAAUUUGAUAUGCGCAUCCAAAGACGACGGAAAUGCACUCGUAUGGAAUAUGCCAUUAAUUGAUUCUCAAAAUUGGAAACAAAGCUUUGAUUUCUGUACUACUAAUAGUCCAAAUGAGAAUUGUAUAAAAGAAAGUAAUUACGAUUGUCCAUUUCAUUUGUAUCGACAAUGUACGUGGAAUAUAAGUCAAUGGAAUAUUGAUAAUACUUGGUWUAAACCAAUGGGACCGGUAUUGGAUAAUCGUUGGGAACAUUUCAAGGAAUAUGAUAAUUUUAAAWAUUCUARCAWUACAUAUAAAUUGGAUCGUAUUGGUUACUUCAAUAAAACCGAUUCCGUCGUAUUUUCCGUUCGUGCUGCUGCCGACGUACACGCGGUAUUAUGCGAUGAURAAAACUAUCAAAGUUCUUUUUGUUAUUGGAUCAUUAUCGGUGGAUGGGAAAAUACUAAGUCGAUUAUACGAAAAUGUCCACAAGGUUUACCAUCGGAAUAUCCAUUGCCAGGAWCUGAUUGUUCUAUAAUGAGAGAUWAUAACACCGUAAGCAUUUGAAAAUACUUUUAUCGUUAUSAAAAKGAAUUAAAUACAAUUCGUAUUAUUUAAUAGGAUUUUAAGUUGAAUCCAAACGAAUGGAAACACUUUGUAUUAAAAUGGAACAACGUAAYGAGAAAGAUAACUYUAUAUAAUAAACAAAAAAUCCUAUUAGAAUAUGUGGAUGAAAAACCUGUUCCAAAUAAUCACGAUAGGUAUUAUCUCUUUUAUAAAAGUUCACAACCGAUGCUUAUUCGAUAUCACAURUAUGAUUAUAUUUAUACGAAUGAAWUAAAUGCUGUCCUAACUAGUMSUAAAAUACCUUACAAAAAUUYAUUCCUUUGUUUCGAAUUUUCUAUUGGUCUGUGUGAAAAUUGUAAAAUAAAUAUCACUAUGAUAUUAUUCAAUGAUGACGACGUUAMUAAAGAAAUAAAUACACGAAUUUAUAAAGGAUACAAAGRAAUUCAUGAAUUAACAACGUGGCAAUAUGUUCAAAUUAAUACAACAUUUUCAUCUAAUGACWAUAAAUAUGUAAMAAUUCAAAUUACACCAAUGAUCGAUGAUAARARUGAUAAGGGUUUUUGGGCAAUAGGAAAUAUUCGAGAGUGYCCUUCGUUAGAUGCAACGAAACGCAGUAAGUUGAUCGUUUAUAAGUUAAACAAAAAUUCUUUUGAUCCCUCUCAGCAUAAUGUAUAUUGUGAAAAAAUGUCAUACGAACGUAAUCAAAUAGUCAACGCUUUUCUAAAAACAUCAGAAUUCGGAAACAAUGAUUUUGAUUGUCCAAACGGAACRUUAUGUUCAAAAUCUUGUGGAGAUAUUUCGCAAUAUUUUAAUAAAAAUUGUGAAAAUACAGUAAUUUGUACAAAAAUGGGUUGUACUUGUUACAAUGGUUUAAUGGGCAACCAAUGUGAGAAACUGAUCGAUGUACCACCACCACCUAUUAUCAAUUUUAUAAAUAAAACAUACCUUAGUGUUAGUCUUAUUGCAAGGGAUGAAUAUAAGGAAACGAUAACCGAAUACUGUUUUGUCAUUCAAAAUAAUAGGAACACUUUGAACGAAAAUACCUGUACAUAUAAGACUGUAUUUCCAAAUACGACUACUUUAGAAAGUGAUUUCAAAUUUUUAGAACCAGGGAUAAAUUAUAAUGUAUCGUGCAAAUUACGCGUUGGACAAGAGAAAUUUAUUAUAAAAGGUUUAACAAACAAUUUUAUUACACCCUGCGAUGCUAAGGCACACUUUAAUAUUGAAGCUAAUGAUACUUAUUUAACAAUAACUGGCAAUAAUCUAUUAAAUAAUAACGAAGAAAUCAAUUAUUCAUGUCCAUGGUCUUGGUACAAUUUGUUAAUUUAUCAACAAAAUAAUACGAAUAAUACAAUUUAUGAAGGAAAUAUCAAUAAAAUUCCAUUAACACUUCAAGUUCUACCUGGCACCGUUUACAACGUUUACUUAAGUGAAAAUAAUACAAAUUUCUUAUCAACAAUUAUUUAUACUGAUGAUGGGGAACCUUCGGAAGUAACCGAUGUACAAAUUAAGAAACAGUCUGACGAUCAAGUAUACAUAGAAUGGAAACCACCAGAAAGACCAAAGGGGAAAAUUCAAACUUACGAAAUCACGUUAAUGGUUGAUAAUUAUUAUGGAUGUGCAAAUUAUAAUCAAUCUAUCAUCUCGAAAUACAACAAAACAACAUAUACAUCAAUGACAAAUGUUACGUUUUCCAAUAUACCUCCAUACGCAAAAUAUAUAUUAACAAUUGUUGCAUAUAAUUCGAAGAAAGGUUUGGAAAUAAAAAGAAGUUUUGAUAUGAAAGUUACAGAUAUUCCAAGAUCUAAACUUUCUAAUUUGAAAUAUGAAAAUAAUCGAAUUACUUGGGAYAAACCAAUAGAUUGUACGACUAUUUCAGGAUCUAUUGAAAAAACGAGAYUAAUAUUUACAGGACUUAGCGAGGCUGUAAGACAUCAAAAAGAUAUAAAUGAACAAACUGCAUAUUCAUAUUUCAAUCUCAMCAAAUUAAAUUUAAACAGUUACGAAAAAUAUAAAGUACAAAUUUUUCCUAUACGAGAUUAUKKCAAACCCYAUAAUAAUAGUGCUGGCGUGGAAUURAUAUUUAYUACCCCAUCGAAACCACCAACACCUGUAAGAGAACUUGAUAUAUAUGAAUUCGAUAAUCGUAAAAUGACAAUUUCUUUAAGAUGGAAAGAACCAUUACCACCUAAUGGAGAAUUAGAUCAUUAUAUUGUUAGUAAUUGGUACAAAUAUUUAUAUUUUUCAUGGUUUUCUGAUUCAAAUAACAUGUAUAUAUAUGCUAAUGAAUUUUGUGUACUUUGGGAAAAUUACAUCUGUUCAAAAAUCGUAUUACCGAGAAAUAUAUAUUCUACUAUAACUGUAACGGGAUAUAACAAAAAUGUUAGCUAUCCUGGAGAAUCAUCGACAAUUAUUUACAAUCCAGAAAAAUUUGCAACAAAAUCAGAUCCACCGAAAAAUUUACAAAUUAAAAUUGACCAUAAAGGUAUAACUGUAGAAACGAAUGAAAAUGUGCCUGAAAUUAAACCUACGGCACCGAUAGUAGCGAAAAAACGUUCUUUUAUUAAUCAAAGCAGAGAAAAUCUUUCAUGUUUGAUUAAUAAUACUCAAAACGAUGAUUCAAGUGUGAUGCCAAUAAAAGUAAAAGAUUUUGAGGAUUAUGUAAGAAAUGCAAUUAAAUCGGGAUUACUGGAUGAACAAUAUGAGAAAAAUAACAGCAGUGAUCCCAGAAACUUUUGCUUGUCUGAUCGACACAGUGUCGUAAAAUUAUCGGGUUCUCAGUAA